AUUAAUUAUAAGGAUAUAAAUGGUGGCGCGCUACCACAUUGUUGAAUUAUCGUUUGUUUGAAAACUCGCAGCAUAAGCAGUGCCGGUAGAUCAGUGCCACCAUGCGGUCGUCAGAGAAGACGGCUUUGUGCGUUCUCUUAAUUACAGGUUUCGCUUUCACAGCCAAGGCAAGCGCGCCGAGGCAAGUAAGCUUUAAUGCGGGUGAGAAACUUCAAACGUCAAUAUUGACCUUAAAUGACAAUGUAGUCGGAUGUUAUUUAAGUACCCCGAGCGGAGAUGAAAUAGAAUUCAAGCCCCAAAAUCAUUCCAACGAUAAAUACCAACUGCUAGAUGACACAGACUUUGUCAAAUGUCAAGUCGCAAUAAGGAAUCUUGACAGUAAUGACAAUGGUCUUUGGGUACUACGUUCUGUGUCAGAUGCUGGAACUACUCGCACUGAAUCUUAUCAAUUGACAGUCAUCUCUACAGUAACCGAAGGUACAACUGAUAUAGCAUCAGAUAAUAUAACAACGACUGAAGAAUCAUCAAAAGAAAUCCUAACAACAAUUACCACUGGUGAACUAGAAACAACAAUCGCACAAACCACUGAAGUAAUCCUUGAUACCACAACACCUAAAGACGAAGUAACAGCAGUGGAUAUAGAACAUGUGUAUAUUAGAACAAAACUUGGAGAAACACACUCAUUAAUAAUACCAGAAUAUGAUUUCUUAAACAAUGAGAAAUGCCAUCUAGUAAAACCAGAUGGAGGGCAAUAUGAUUUUGAAGAUAUGCAUAUAUCUGAUGUAGAAAUUAUAAAUGAUUAUACCAUAGCGUGUGGUAUUAGAAUAUUUGUGUCUACAGAAGAAAUGCUCGGACGAUGGACGUUAAUUUCAAGAGGAACAAGAUUUAGUACUGAAGUUGUUGAAAGGCGUUUACCGUUUACUAUCUUUUUAGAAGAAACUACAACCGAUAUGCCAAUUAUAGACACGACAAAGUCAGUGGAAGAAACAUCGAAAGAUUCGACAACACAAAAAGAAAUCAUCGAAACAACGAUCGCAGAUUUACCAAAAGAAACAACUGAAAAAACAUACACAACUGAGCGUAUUUUAGAAACUACGACCAAAAAAAUAGAAGAUGUAAGCAUUAUAAACAUUGAUCCUGGAUAUUUCGUAACAAAAAUCGGUGAAACGCAUAAGGUUAAAAUUCCCGAAUACGAUUUUCUGAAUAGCAACGAAUGUUACAUCAUAACUCAAAAUGGCGAACGUCAUGAUAUAGAACAUAUGCAGUUAUAUGGAAUAGAAGCAAUAAAUGAUUACAACGUAGCUUGCGGAGUAAAAGUUCAUAUUGUAUCCGAAGAUAUGGUCGGUGACUGGAUGCUUGUAUCUCGUGCGACACGAUUCAGCACAGAGAUUGUUGAAAGGAGAUUACCAUUUACAAUCGUCAUAGAAGAAAUAGUAAAUGCUUUACCAAGUGAGAUAACUAUUAUGGAAGGUAAAGAUAUUUAUAUACGUCUAGAAGAUGCUACUUCUUUCCAUGCUACGUGUAAGUUGGUAGAUGAUCGUGAUGAAGAACGUUAUAAUGUAGAAAGAGAUCCAAGAUAUAUUGAUACUUGCGGUUUCAUUGUACGAAAUGCCACAACUAAUGAUUCUGGCUUCUGGAAGAUAUCCUAUGGAGUAAAAACGAUUUAUAAGGCGUGGACUCGCGUCACUGUUUACGGUCACAGCGAUCCGUCGUUGCAAACACACUUCACAUGGACUCUGGAUAGACCAGUGAAUCAGCUUAUGGGACCAGAAAGCACAGUGUACUGCAGAUUGGUCGAUGCUAGUCAUAACACAGUGUUCGAUGGCUUCGGUAGAUGCAAUGUUACGCUGUCAAGAGCAUCCAACGAACAUGCUGGUAACUGGAAGAUGUACGUUGGUCUGCAGGGACGUGUUCUAACUGACGAAUAUGAUGUUCACGUUUCUAUUAGACAAGCAGAUCCCAAACCUGCAGUAUCAACAUCAGUGGUCUCAAACAAGCCGACGGUGACACUCACCUGCUCUGUGGCGAGCUCGGAAACUCUACGCUCGUGCAAGUUCCGCGACCCUGCAGGUCGUAUCUUGCUCGCUACACCCGGAGUUGGUGAAGGACGGUACACCUUCCACGGCAACAGUGCUAGCUCUGUAACCGGAGAUCGUCGCUUGGAGUGCGGUAUUCAGAUCACCGACCCUGUGAUCAGCGACUUGGGUUUGUGGCGGUGCGCCAUGGAGACUGACUCUGAUAACUACUACGGCUUCCUCGCGGCGCUCUGCCCCUGGGCCAUGCGGGACCCUGAAGUAGCUGCAAGCGUACGAUCUGAACCAGUUCUGGAAGCUGAGAGCGAGACGGUGUCUGGACUUGCAGGCGAGACUGUAACCAUGUCUUGCUCAGUACAGUCCCCCAUCAGGUACUGCUACUUCAGAGCGCGCAAUGGAACCACAUUCUCCAUCAGUCCCGGAGAGUCGUUAGGAGCUGUCGAGUACGCGGGCGCGGGCUUCGAUGCGGGCGAAUGUUCGAUUCGUUUCUCGAAUCUGCUGCCAACUGACAGCGGCCGCUGGAGCUGCCACGUCGGCUUCCUAGACCACCAGGAGCCCGAACAGAGCGCACAGUUCGCGUUGACUAUUCGAGAUACAUUGGUAGCGGAGCAGAGGAUGGAGAAAGGCGCGCUGAUUGUUACCGGACGCGUGUACGAUGACCGCGCACUAGACUAUUGCAGAUUCGUCCGUAUUGACGGUCUUGGUUUCACGACAGACAACCUACCUACCGGCUACAGAAGCGACAGUCUGCUGACUGUGGGUAGAUGUGAAAUCCGUAUCCCCAACCCGUCAGUGUUGGAGCGACACCCGUGGACGGUGGCCGCGCGUGUGCAGGGCAUGUCCUUCGAGUUCUCACGGCAGACCAACCACUCGCUACAAAUGCCCGAAGCCGGUGGUGAUGAUGAUAACACUAUCGUUAUUUAUCGGUUCCCAUUCUCGUGGAUCUUCAUCAUCGUGAUAGGAUUAUCCCUCAUUAUCAUCGGCAUCUUGGUCGGUCCCAAGAGGAACAGAAAGUGGACGUACGCGAAGGCUUCCACCUUCAGGGAGAGCUUCCGACGCAGCUUCACAAGGAAAGCAGCAAGCGAACAAACAGUCCCGGAGAAAAACACGCCCAUGUCGGCUUAAAUAUAAUAUUUAUGUUAAUCACGUGUUGAAAUAUUUACGCACCUUUAUUGUGAUAUUAAUAGAAUUUGAAAU